CUUAUUGCUCGCUACAGUAUCGCCCUCGAAUCAAGAGCAUGAUCGCGAACCCAGGACGCUGUCAGACAAAUUCUCCUUGUCAGCACCUUAACAAAUGUAUGAGGAACGGUAUGGAGAAUAUGCAUGCUAAUAUUGGCAAGAUAAUAUUAGGAGAUUAUAUCCUCUUGGAUUUUAGGGCGUAAAGGGUUAAGUUUGUAAUGGAUGAUGCAACUUACUCCAAACUCUUUGCCAGAUCGUGGAUUGUUAGUGAAGGUAUCAAAUAACACCCCUCUCCCCUUCCUGCUUGAAGUAUCCCCUUAAAAAAUACCACUCAGGGAUGUACAGUUGACAGGCUUAAGUUUUAUCAAAACACUGACAUGUGAAUCCCUCCUUUACAACCCAGAGUUCCAUGAAUAAGAAAUGAAGUGCGAGACUAUCUUCAGCCAGCGCGAGAGAUACACGGUGUGACACGCACGAGCGAGGAGCCACGCGCGCAAGAGGAGUCGUAGACGCGGUACUAACACUCUCGUCGAGAUCAGAGACACAUGUAAAUCGUCUUUCUUGAGUUUCUUCCGUGUAAAAUCUUGAAUUUUUUUUCCCUACCAAAAAUUGGAAGGUGUUGUCCUUCGUCAUCGUUCCUCGAAAGGCAAACUACCAGACAAGAACAAAAUAUUUUGUUUUAUAAAACCGAUGGGUCCUGGUUACUAGCGCAGCCUCGCUUUCUUGCUCAACGUGUAUGUGAGUGUCUGAGUGAAAAAAUUAUCGAUAACUUUUAGUGAAAUCUCAUAUAUAUUCUUUGAUUUCGAUACCGUAAGCAACCCAUGACGUUAUUUGAGAUCGCUUCUCAUUUUGGGUGAUGUUUAUUCGUUGCUGCGGCCCAAACAUGAGGAUAACCAAUGUUCGCUAUGGCCGCAUCGUGUUCAUGGCGUCUGCCACCAUUUUGGUUCUUUUCAUGUUCCUCUUAGCACAAUUCAGCCUGCGAGCUUCUGGUGGCAAAGGGAUCAUGGAUAGAGCUAAACAACAUUUUCAUCAUUGGUUUCAGAAAACUGUUUUCAAGCACAAUUGGGAAGAUAUCCACUGUAGAAGAAAACAUGCCAAUGAAACUACUGUAGAAAAGAGCUGGAUUCCUGAAUUGGCUAAACAACUAAAUUUAAAGGAUGGUACCUCUGUGUUUGAUAGCAAUACUGGAUGUAAUGAAUGGCUGACUCUUUUGAGGAAGGAAUACCCGAAACUCAUCAUCGGCGGUGCCCACGCAGAUCAAUACGCCGUGGAUUAUGCUAAAAGGUUGUUCAAUGAUACUCCAGCCACUUUUGGAACCAUUAGCUCUGAUGGAAAACUGAACUUUCUCGGAGAUAAAACACAAUUUUCGCAUGUUAUUAACUAUGGAGGAUUACGACAGCUGGGUGAUAAGGAGAUACAGUGUAAUCUCGUGAGAGAAUUACUGCGCAUACUAAAGCCAGGAGGUUCAAUGUACCUAGGUCACAAUGUGGAAAAGACAGAGUGUAAGCUGAUAGAUAAAUUCGCUAAAAUCUCUCUACCUGGAUGCUACUGGUCAGAAACUUGUCUGAAAAACAGAACUGAUGUCGCUCUAAUUUAUUACAUCAAGGAAAAAGAUCUGUUCGGUGCCCAUGCACAGAUUGACGAUUGUUAUACUGCAGUAUUUAUUCACAAGAAAGUUAUUAUUUCUCAAGGAAAUGAUGGACGCAAGGAACCAGAACCACAUUACCAGCCACACGCAAAUAUGUACUUUUGUGAAACAAAGGAGUCUGGUAACAUUGUCAAUAAACUAAAGGAACUGGCAAUGCGUACAGACCUUGUUUUCCCUGGAAGUCUCAGCAAGGGGUUGGAACUGGCCAAAAGAAUGCAUGAAAAAAUUAAAGGAAAUAUUUCAAACAUUUUACAAUGAUGACCAACUUGAACUCAGUGCAUCUCAAUAUCAAAUUACUGAGAAAUUAGUUUUUCUGUUGUACACAUUUCUUGCUUAGCUGUACUUUCUUCUUUUAGCACAGAUAUUUGUAUAUUCUCCAAUACUGAAUUUCAAGGUUGAGUCAGGAUUUGUAGAUGGGCAUUUUAAAUUCUACCAUAGUGACAUCACUACUGAUCAUGAAAUAGUCACUACCCUUCUUAGGACAUUCUCCCUAGAUUCCUGAGUCUUGUAUAUAACUUGUAGAUUAAAGAGUCAAUCUUUAAUUGCCUUCUCUUUUCGCUUUUUCUUGAGACAGAAAAUUAAAAUUUUUUUACAUGUCAUUGAUGUUGAGGAGAAUGUCUAUAAUGAUGCCAAAAAGAUGUUAUAGGUCCUAAAUUAAUAUGAUUAGGGCCUGAUGUUUUAACAUGGAAUGUUGUAUUAAAAAACUCAAUCACACUAUUUAGAGGAAGGCAAGUGCUCAAUGUGGAUAAAGAACUCUAUGAUGAAAAAGAAAAAAAAUUGAGUAUUUCUGAAGAACCUGUGAUAACCUAGUUUGUGUCUGUCUGUUGGAGGAGAAAGGAGCCACUCCAAUGAGCUUUUUCAAGUUUUUGAUGAUAAAGUCAAGGCUAACACUUCUGAGAGAGAGAUCCUAACACAUCUGCAAAGUUUCUAAGCAGCAUAUUGAGGUGAUCCUGAUGUUAUUUAUCAGAUAGUUCCCAGUCUACCUCCUUCCACAAAAGUCACUUGACCAUAGUGAAGAAUUACCUUUAGGCUCAGAUCAUAGAAAGAGCUUAAAUCACGGGAUUAUAUGAUUAUUAUUCUAUACUGAUUGACACAGAGAAAGCAGUAUAGUUGCUAUUGGUAAUAAUUUUUCAAACUGACCAUGUUAUUAUCAUCCAGGGACUUCUUCAAUUUUUUUGGCAUGGAAGAAAUAUGCUAUGCAAAUCAUUUUGCCAUUGAAAGUUUAAAUUUGAGUGAGUAUCCCAACCUUUUGAAAAUUGACUUCAAAUGUAUCUAAAAAUUUAUCUUGAGACUGCCAUUUUAAAUACUGCCAGGCUGUAUAUCAGUCUGCUUACCAUCUCAAACAAUCUUUUCAGUGAGGAGGAGCUAAGCAUAGAGACAUUGCUGAUGUUUAGCACAUCUGCAGGGAGUUUUUUUUUAUCAUUUGGAGUACUCUUUUUAAUCUAAUGAUAUUACAUAGGUACCUCAUAUAGCUUAGUUUGAGGUCCAUAAUGUAAGUUACUGAACAAGUUUUUAUCAUUGGAUUUAUGGACCAGGGGUGAAGCACCUGGGCUUAAAUCCAAGUGAAAAAAAAAGGUUUACUAGUGGA